CCAUUACAGCAGUCAUCAAGGCAAGUGUGCCUUUCUUCUUUGUAGAAUCAUGUUGUUCUCUCAUUCUUCAUUCUUUUGUUCCAUUUUGCCUCUUUUUCUUGUGAUCCUAUUAUCCAUUGCUAGAGUUGAUGUAGUCUCAACUGUUCCAACUAAAAUCGGCCAAGGCUAUAGUUUGAUUUCUGUAGAAGAGUCCCCUGAUGGAGGUAUAGUAGGCCUGCUCCAAGUUAAGCAGAAAAACAAUGUCUAUGGACCUGAUAUUCCUUAUCUGCAGCUCUAUGUAAAGCAUGAAACAGAUAACCGUUUGAGGGUUCACAUAACUGAUGCACAAAAAGAAAGAUGGGAAGUUCCAUACGAUUUGAUACCAAGAGAAAAGCCAGCAGCACUGAAGAAAGCCAUAGCUUGGUCAAGAAAGAACCAGAAUUCAGUCCUUAUGGCAUCAUCAGAAUAUGAAAGCAAUGAGCUCAUAUUCGCCUUUACUACUGACCCUUUUAGUUUUGCUGUCAAAAGAAAAUCAGAUGGUCAGACCCUUUUCAAUUCUAGCUCUGAUGAAUCAGACCCUUAUAGUCCAUUGGUCUUUAAAGAUCAGUAUCUUGAGAUUUCAACCAAACUGCCACUAGAUGCUUCGUUGUAUGGUUUGGGGGAGAAUACGCAGCCCCGUGGAAUCAAACUGUAUCCUGGUGAUCCUUACACCCUGUUCACCACUGAUGUAGCAGCCAUUAAUCUCAACACUGAUUUAUAUGGGUCCCACCCGGUGUACAUGGACCUGAGGAAUGUGAAUAGGGAGGCUUUUGCCCAUGCUGUUCUACUGUUGAAUAGUAAUGGGAUGGAUGUUUUCUACGCGGGGACUUCUCUGACAUACAAGGUCAUUGGGGGCGUUCUGGACUUUUACUUCUUCUCUGGUCCUACUCCUUUGGAUGUUGUUGAUCAGUACACUUCCUUCAUUGGUCGCCCUGCUCCAAUGCCCUACUGGGCUUUUGGUAAGUUUUUGACUUUUCAUUUAGUAGCAUUUAAUGAGCUAAACAUGUGA